GGCAUCGCCGAUCUUGGUGAUGCACGGGACGGGAGGGAGGUGUGGGCAGAACACCGAUGGGGCUCCGGUCGGGGCAGGAGGAAUCCAUAACUCGGGGGGUGCAGCGACUGCGUGUGGGGGAGCAAGAAAAUGACGGCGACGCAGCUGUGGUGGACGUGGACGUUCAGGAGUGGAACGACAACGCUAGCGAAGGUGGGGAGGAGGACGCAGGCUACGUUUCGCCAUUCAAGAAAAGCAGCAUGAGAGGGAGGGGCGGGAAGACGAAGGCGUGUGCCCGCAAUGGUCGUCGGGGGGAAAAAGCGGCGGGGAAGGGGAGCGAUGCCGAAGGUGACGUUGAUGUGGAAGGAGGUCAUCAUUUCUGGUCUGUCAACGACAUUAUAGCCCUCAUCCGGGCUAAAUGUGACCAGGAUGCGCAUCUGCAGGGGAUGGGUCACGUGUACGCUCGGAUGAAGCCGCGAGAAUGGAAGUGGUUAGAUGUGGCGCAGAGGUUGAAGAAGGUGGGCGUGGACAGAGACGCAGAUCGGUGCAGGAAGAAGUGGGACAAUUUGAUGCAGCAGUUCAAGAAGGUGCAUCACUUCCGAGGCUUCUUCGGAAAACAAGACUUCUUCCAAUUCUCUGGGAAGGAGAGGACGUCGAAGGGCUUCAAUUUCAACAUGGAUCGUGCAGUUUACGAUGAGAUAUUGGGGUUGAACGCCAGGAACCACACCAUAAACCCGAAGAACGUCACCGACACCAGUGCUCCGGGUGGUGUGCGCCUGCCGUCUGCCUCUUCUGCGGAUCCUGAAUCUGUGGGCGAUGGGGAGGCUGGCUACAGGGCACAACGACGACGACGACGGGUCGACGAAAGGUUCUUCUCAAAUGGAGAGAAGGUUAACCGACCCCCCCUCAAUGACGGGUAGCCCUCGCGGUUUCGGCAAGAGGAAGAGCACGAGGCAACAAACCUUUGAAGCGAUG